AUGUACUCUAUGAGUCUAUUUUAUCCCUACCUGGAGAGCGGUGCUGCGUGGUUUGGACUUGAUAUCUCCAACAAGUACUUUUAUAUUGUUGCUCGUUCCGCUUAUCCGGUCUAUAUCGCGUUGGCAGCCUGGGCAGCCUGGUUUUUGACGUCUCAUAUGGAAGUGCCAGGGCCAGCGACGGAAGACGAACGCCCGGUUGAUCGGGAAGACGGGGCAGUCAAGAAGAGUGUUUCUGGUGUGUGA